AUGCAGGAGGGCUUCGCCCUGCACCCAGAUCAAUUCGUGGGCUUGACGGUGCACUCGACCUACUCGGAGUUCCAGGCUUACUUCUACAACGCCGCCAUGUACGAGUGCCCACGGCCUUGCCUUCCACACGAGGAGCCCUGUGUGGCAUUCGACCAAUCCUACCCAGGCAUGCAGGACGUGAGCUGGGCCAUGCACACGGGCAUGGUCCAGCAUCCCGAAUGGUAUCCAGAGCUGUCGUCCUCCUCCUCCGCGCGUGAUGUGGCACAUGCCCUCUACAUGCGCGGCCUCAACAAGUGCCCCCGGAUCUGCCAGGCAGAGGAGUCCCCGGGUGACUUCAAGCCAGUGGUUGAGGGCUAUGUGAUGGCCCCGUCCGAGGGUUGGCUCACGACGAAGAGCACGACAAGCAGGAUCACCACGACACCAGCGACCACUCGCGCACCGACGACCACUCUGGGCUUUGCACCACCGCCGGUGGUGCCGCUGCCGCUGAUGCCGCUGCCGCCAUUGCCGCCGGCUCCGACGGCAGCGCCGACGCCCGCGCCCACGACGCCCGCGCCCACGACGCCCGCGCCCACAACGCCCGCGCCGACGACGCCCGCGCCGGCGCCGGCGCCGGCGCCGACACCCCCGGAGCCGUUGCCGCAGGCCCCGGCGCCAAAGCCAAAGGAGCCUGAGGUAAAAGUCACGGCGAAAGUGGAGGUGACCACUGAGGAGCCAAAGAAGGAAGUCCCGCCGGAGUGCGCCAAGAAGAGUCAGACCUACACGGUGAUGGACUUUCCGGGCCACCUGCCGGUGGUAACAGAGGACAGCGAUGCGUGUCAGGCGCAUUGCGUGAAGCAGCCCCUGGCCGAGUACUUUGCCUUCGACGUGUUCAUGCAGACCUGCCAUUGUCCCCCCUUUGCAGCCUUGCCUAUGCAGGCCACGGACGUGCGGGGCGGCAAGCUGCGGUGCGGCGAGAUGGACACCUAUCUGCAGUCCAAGGCGGCCCUCCCCAAGAUCGCUCCGGCGGCGGCGGGCCGGCUCUUGCCGGGUGCCAUGGCCAUGGUCGCCAUUGUGGCCGUGUCCUGCCUGGCCAUCGUUGCCCAGCGGCGGAUCCGACUGGACACACGGAGCAGAUCUCUCGAGAGAUUCGACAGCUCGUCCCUGCUGCCAGAUGACCCUGAGCUGGCAGGUCCCGAGCCGAUUGCUGAGUAA